AUGAAAAAUCAUUCUACAAUAACAAUAUUCGUCCUUCUAGGAUUAACAGAUGACCCACAACUACAGAUUUUUCUAUCAGCAUUUCUGUUUCUCACCUACUUUCUCACUGUUGCUGGAAAUCUAAUCAUUAUCCUCCUCACGCUAGUGGACUCUCACCUUAAAACACCCAUGUACUUUUUCCUUCGGAAUUUCUCCAUCUUAGAAAUAGUAUUUACAACUGUGUGUGUUUCUAGAUUUCUAUACAGCAUGACAACUGGAGACAAAAGUGUUACUUAUAAUGCCUGUACUAUCCAAUUAUUUUUUAUCAUCCUCAUUGGGGCAACAGAAUUUUCUCUUCUGACGGCUAUGUCCUAUGACCGCUACGUGGCCAUCUGCAAGCCGCUGCACUACACCACCAUUAUGAAUGAAAGGGUAUGCAUCAUUCUUGUCUUUUGCUGUUGGCUGAUUGGGUUAAUUGUCAUACUUCCACCACUUAGCCUGGCAAUUCAGCUAGAAUUCUGUAAUUCCAAUCUCAUUGACCAUUUUGGCUGUGAUGCAUCUCCUCUUCUCAAGAUUGUAUGCUCAGACACUCAAUUUAUAGAACAACUUGUUUUAAUCAUGGCAGUGUUGACCCUCAUAUUCACAUUAGUCUGUGUAAUUGUGUCCUACACGUACAUCAUUAAGACUAUUUUAAGACUCCCGUCUGCUCAGCAAAGAAAAAAGGCUUUUUCCACCUGUUCUUCACACAUGAUUGUAGUUUCCAUCACCUAUGGAAGCUGCAUCUUCAUCUAUAUUAAACCAGCAAAAGAAGGAGUGGCCAUUAAUAAGGUGGUGUCAUUGCUCAACACCUCAGUUAUCCCUUUGAUGAACCCUUUCAUUUAUACUCUACGGAAUAGGCAAGUCAAACAAGCCUUGAAGGAUUCGAUUAAAAAGAUUGCUUUUCUUUCAAAAAAUUAG